AUGGACCAGUCCAUUCUCCGCAUCACCAAGGAGUUAGCAGACCUCCAAAGAUCAUCUGAUCUCGCCAUUGCCGUCGCCUGCCGCGAUAUCGACGUGCGUAACGUAAAGGCGCUCAUUAUCGGGCCUCACGAGACUCCGUACGAAUUCGGGUUCUUCGAGUUUACCCUCAAGUUUCACAAGUCCUAUCCCUCGGACGCGCCCAACGUGCAGUGCGUUACGACAAAUGGAGGACGCUGUCGAUUCAAUCCAAACAUAUAUUCCAGUGGAAAAGUUUGCCUGUCUAUUUUAGGGACUUGGAGAGGUGAACGAGGCGAGGAAUGGUCAUCUGCUCAGGGCAUGGAGUCUAUCUUGUUAUCUAUCCAGAGUCUAAUGUCAGCAAAUCCGUACGAAAAUGAGCCUGGUUUUGAAAAUGCCAACAGCCCAGACGAUAAGAGGAAGCAAGCAGCUUACGUGCAAAAGAUUCGCCAUGAAUCCUUGAGGAUAUCCGUCAUUCAACGCUUGGAGGGCUAUUUGGCAUUGAAUCCUGACGGAACCAAGAUUGCACCACCCAUGCCAUCAGAUGAUCCUGAUGGGGAAGUAGACAUUGACGAGUCGACGAUACCAUUUGAACCAUUCAAAGACCUCUGCAAGCGCCGUUUCCUAUGGUACUUUGAGUCUUAUAUGGCUGCUAUUCGACUCGGUCAGUCGGAGACCACAGACGGAACGGCCUUUAAGAAUAUGCCCUUCGAAAGUGGUGGCGGCAACGGCAUGGAGGGAAGAUUCAACUACAGAGAUCUCGAGCGCCGCCUUUUAAAUAUAAAAGAGGCCCUAGGUUCUGAGCUGACCACCUGGGCCAAAGAUGGUCUGACUGCACAGCUCAGUGACUCGACUGUGGCCGUCAACUUGCGGCACCAAUUCGAGCAGAUGGUUGCCUAUUUCCGACGCGGAGAUGUGCCGCACAGCGUAGCUCUGGAGAACGACAAUGCGUUUAUUUGGAUUCUUACGUAUUUCGGGCGGCCCAUGACCAAUCUCGACGGCGGCAUGAUCAGAAUUAAGCUGCACUUUAGCCCUCGCUUCCCCACCGAGCAGCCGCGGGUUAUUUUCCAAUCCAAGAUCUUCCAUCAUUUUAUUGCACCAGACGGCACAUACUGUUACAACCCACCGGCUAGCGCCGUGAGCGAUGUUCGCAGCCAUAUUGAGACCAUUCUGGAGGUCCUCGAGGACGAUCAGCCGGCCCGGACGAGAGGAAGCAAUACAACCGAAGACUUCGCCGAUCUGUACAAGAUAGCAUGGAGGACUUCCCCGAAUGAGCCAUCUCGACCAGCAGCCGAGAUGCCGUAUACAAGGCGUCGGAGCUACCUCUCUCAUUUGCCCGGGCUAUCCAGCGUUUCUUUCGGGGCCAAGAGUGAGAAAAUGCCAGCGGCUAGUAUAUUUAAAGCGUUAUAUGUCCAUUAA